AUGCACGGCCUAUCCUUCGAACCCGGAUCCCCUCAUUGGAACAUUGGGACGUCGUUAGACGACGUUACUGGUAGAAUCAAGGACUUCGACUGUUGCUUUGGCCAGCCACUAGUUCAGUAUGGUCUUGUCAUUAACCAAGUGCCCGGGGGCCCGGGGCCUCUCUUUGUGAUCCGGAUGCAUCAUGCUGUUUUCGAUGGCUGGUCAUACGAGAGCCUACUGGAUGACAUCGAACAACUGUAUAACGGUCAGCCUGUGCCACCACGCGAAUCGAUGAACCGACUGCUGCAUUACAAUAGAAGGUUGAACCGUGAAGCUGCUGACGCCUUUUGGAAAAUGGCUUUCGAUGGAUUCCAGGGGCCAAUCUUCCCAGCGCCUUCACCAGGCUGGGCGAGGCCUGUCUCGGCGGUAGCUAAGAUACGCGAAGUCUCUGUGAAUCCUGUGUCUAAAGCAGAGUAUACAAUGGCCUCGGUCAUUCAACUGGCAUGGGCAAUACUUGUCAGCAGCAGGACAGGCUCGAAUGAUGUCGUUUUUGGUAUCACCGUCUCCGGGCGCAAUGCCCCUGUCCCUGGCAUUGAUCAAUUGAUGGGUCCAGCAAUUGCCACUUUGCCUAUCCGGAUCAUCUUGGACAUGCAUUCUACUAUAGAGGACACACUCAAAAAGAUCCAGAACUGGGCAACUAGCACGAUUCCAUUCGAACAGACAGGCCUCACCUGUAUCGGACAGUCAAGCCCAGAGGCGGCAGUGGCUUGUCAGUUCCAGACGCUUCUGGUGGUCCAACCCAGUCGACUGCGUAGGGAGUCCCAUCUACUUAUCCCGCUACCACAGAACCGUGAUCAGCAGCGAGGAUUCCUCUCCCAUAUCCUCACCAUUGUGGCAGAGCUCCAAGAGAACAAAAUACACGUGGAGGCUGUGUUUGAUCAGACCGUACUACAUCCCCAAGAGAUCGACCAUAUGCUGGAUCAACUUGAGGAGAUUAUCCACCUGAUAUUAGACCGGCCAAGUGCCAGCCUCCAUAAUUUCCGGUCCUAUACGCGUGGCGAUCGAGACCAGAUCCGCCAAUGGAACAAGAGAACUAACAUCAAGCCUUCCCUGGUACACGACACCAUCCAGAACUGGCUCGUCUCCCAGCCUGAUGCACUGGCCAUAUCUGCCUGGGACGGCUGCUUGACGUAUCGUGAGUUACUCGAGCAUGCUCACCAUUUGGCAGGUUAUCUCCAGGCUAGAUGGAGCAUGCACAAAGGCAUUGUUGCCAUCUGCAUGGAGAGGUCAAAGUGGCAAAUCGUUGCAAUGGUCGGAGUGCUCUUGGCAGGAUCGGCCUUCAUGGUGCUGGAGCCUGAGCUCCCCAAAGAACGUCUGCGUGAGAUGUGCUGGAUUACAAACGCGGAAUUGGCCAUUGCCUGCCCGGUGACAUCUGAACGUGCCCAAUUUCUGGGCGUGGAUAGAAUCUUCACAUUCACGACAGAGCUACUGAUUAGCUGUGACCAAGGAUACUCAUGGGUGCCGCCACGCCGCGACCCACACACCCCUAUGUAUGUGGCUUUUACCUCUGGGUCGGCUGGAUCUCCUAAAGGUGUAACUGUCGAGCACGCCAUGUGUCAUGCCUCGGCACAGGCAUACCAGGAGACCUUCGGGUUGAGCAGCUCCAGCCGGGUUUUAUAUAACCCAUCUGCUAGCUCUGACCUCCUGAUAAUCCAAACGAUCUGGACCUUGGUAGCCGGGGGUUGCAUCUGUAUUCCCUCAGAAGCUAAUAGUUUAAGCGAUCUUGCUGAAAUCAUAAAGGACUUAAAGCCUAAUUGCGUCGCCCUGACUCCAGCGGUGGCACGCAUGCUAUCUCCCACGGAGCUUCCAUCUCUUGAUACAGUGGUACUGGUUGGUGAAGGCGUAUGUCCUUCGGACAUCGACAAGUGGGCGCAUGAGCUAUCCGUAAGAGUGGUUUAUGCUCUGACUGAAUGCACUGUAGCAAGUGCGGCGCGGGAGCUCUUGCCCUCAAAUCGGCACGAACCAAACAAUAUUGGACGAUGCUUGAACGGACGCUCGUGGGUUGUGGAUCCGGACAACUAUCAUCGACUGCUGCCGAUCGGUGCAACGGGUGAAUUACUUCUGUCCGGGCCGAUGGUUAGUCGAGGCUAUCUCCAUAUGCCAGAGGAGUCCCAGGCUUCGUUUGUACAUUGUCCGGCCUGGGCCUCAGACUUUGAUAUACCGAAAUGGGAGAGGUUCUAUAAAACUGGCGACCUGGUCCGCUACAGCUUAGACGGCACGAUACUAUACUUGGGUCGCAGGGACACACAGGUGAAGCUGAACGGCCAUCGUAUCGAUCUAUAUGAGAUCGAAAAGAGUGCCACAAGCCUCUCCGUGGACAAAGUGGCAUUGGCCAGCCUUAUGGAGUUCAAUGGUCUUAGCGGAUUGCAGUUGGUUUUAUUUCUUGCGCCCAUAACGACGGGUAGCAAACAGCCAGGGCUGUUCCAGGAGAUGGAUGAUGAGACUCAGCUGUUGGUACAGAAUCUCUAUACCUAUCUCUACAAAUUUCUUCCCCCAUAUAUGGUUCCUUCACUCGUAAUCCCACUUAGCCGGCUUCCUCUAACUCCCACAGGCAAGGCCGAUCGGAGUUUACUGCAAGAAGAGGCCUCCAAGCUAGGCGUGGAGCUACUCGUGUCUUACUCCAGAGCAUUACACACCAAGCCGGCGCCCUCUACCGGGAUGGAGCGCAUUCUACGCCAAAUCUUCGCGGACGUCCUAUCCAUUCCAGAAGAUAGCAUCCAUGUUGAUCAAAGCUUCUUGGACAUUGGUGGCGAUUCCCUGUCCGCAAUGCGGGUCCUGGCAUCAUCCCGCAAACAUGGACUGUCGAUCACAAUGAACGAUCUACUUGGGCAAAGGUCUAUUGCGGUGCUGUCCGACCAAUUGGAUGCACAGCGGUCGCUGCCAUCGCACAAAACGAGAUCUGCUGAUGAGGACUGCACUGAUACUAGA